AUGGUAGACCUCCCGUCCGACGUCAGCACCUCGGGUUCGACCCAUUCCGCCGCCGACAAACCUCACCCUCACCUCCAUGUCAGUGUCAGCGAUGUCGUUCCCGACGAGAAACCCGACGUCAUGUUCACGCCGCGGAAGGCGUCCAGAAUAGACAAGGACGAUGACGACGAGGAGGAAGAUUUAGACGCGCUCAUUGAAGAGUUGGAGUCACUCGAUCCCGAUGCUGAGAUUGAGGCCGAGAUCGAGACGGCGGCGGGCGCUCGAAAUGUGCCCGAGGAAAUGCUCCAGACCGACACGCGUGUCGGCUUGAUAGAGCCCGAAGUUGUGGCGAGACGAAAGAAGUACGGACUCAAUCAGAUGAAGGAAGAGAAAGAGAACCUGUUGUUGAAGUUCUUGGGAUACUUUGUUGGUCCCAUUCAAUUUGUCAUGGAGGCUGCUGCAAUCCUUGCCGCCGGGCUGGAAGACUGGGUCGACUUCGGCGUCAUUUGUGCGUUGCUCUUGCUGAAUGCCAGUGUCGGUUUCAUCCAGGAAUUUCAAGCUGGCUCGAUUGUGGAAGAGUUGAAGAAGACCUUGGCCUUGAAAGCUGUCGUCCUGCGAGAAGGACACCUUAUCGAGAUUGAAGCACCUAUGGUGGUUCCGGGCGACAUUCUCCAACUCGAAGAAGGCACAAUCAUCCCUGCUGACGGCCGGCUGGUCACCGAAGACGCAUUUCUCCAGGUCGACCAGUCCUCCAUCACGGGCGAGUCCCUCGCAGCGGACAAACAUGUGGGUGACACCUGCUACGCUUCGUCGGCUGUCAAGCGAGGCACCGCCUUCAUGAUCGUCACAGCAACAGGAGAUAACUCUUUUGUCGGACGGGCGGCUGCCUUGGUCAAUGCCGCGUCAGGCGGCGCGGGUCAUUUCACUGAAGUUCUCAACGGAAUUGGCACAGUUCUACUGGCGCUUGUGGUUUUCACCUUGCUCGUGGUCUGGAUAUCAUCUUUCUAUCGAUCUAAUGACAUUGUGACCAUCCUUAGGUUUACACUGGCGAUCACCAUUAUAGGAGUGCCUGUCGGUUUGCCCGCCGUGGUCACCACCACCAUGGCUGUCGGCGCCGCAUAUCUAGCCAAAAAGAAGGCCAUUGUCCAGAAAUUAUCUGCCAUCGAAUCGCUCGCCGGGGUCGAGAUCCUGUGCUCGGACAAGACCGGUACGCUGACCAAGAACAAACUUUCUCUCCACGAGCCAUACACGGUGCAUGGUGUCGAUCCCGAGGACAUGAUGCUCACCGCGUGUCUGGCCGCGUCCCGGAAGAAAAAGGGCAUGGAUGCCAUCGACAAGGCCUUCCUCAAAGCCUUACGGUACUAUCCUCGAGCCAAGCAAGCGCUGUCCAAGUACAAGGUCGUCCAGUUCCAUCCCUUCGACCCCGUUUCCAAGAAGGUCAGCACCGUUGUCGAGUCACCUCAGGGGGAGCGUAUAAUUUGCGUCAAGGGUUCGCCUUUAUUUGUCCUCCGCACAGUGGAAGAUGACCAUCCGAUCCCCGAGGAGAUUGACAUCGCAUACAAGAACAAGGUCGCAGAGUUUGCAGCUAGAGGCUUCCGCUCUCUGGGCGUUGCGAGGAAGCGAGGGGACAAUUCGUGGGAAAUUCUGGGAAUCAUGCCUUGUGCAGACCCGCCUCGACACGACACCGCCAAAACCAUCAACGAAGCCAAAUCUCUGGGGUUAUCCAUCAAGAUGUUGACUGGUGAUGCCGUCGGCAUUGCCCGAGAAAUGUCUCGACAGCUAGGACUUGGAACCAAUGUCUUCAACGCCGAGCGUCUUGGCCUUGCUGGCGGAGGGACGAUGCCGGGUUCAGAAGUUUACGACUUUGUGGAGGCUGCCGAUGGGUUCGCUGAGGUGUUUCCACAACACAAGUACAACGUGGUGGAGAUCCUGCAGCAACGAGGCUACCUCGUGGCCAUGACUGGCGACGGGGUCAAUGAUGCGCCCUCGCUGAAGAAGGCAGACACUGGCAUCGCGGUACAAGGCGCCACUGAUGCCGCACGGUCGGCGGCAGACAUAGUAUUCCUGGCGCCCGGGCUGUCCGCCAUUAUCGACGCCCUGAAGACGUCCCGUCAAAUCUUCCACCGCAUGUACGCAUACGUCGUCUAUCGCAUCGCCCUGUCACUGCACUUGGAGAUAUUCCUCGGCCUGUGGAUCGCCAUCCUGAACAAAUCCCUCAACCUUAAGUUGGUUGUUUUCAUUGCCAUAUUUGCCGACAUCGCCACACUGGCCAUUGCCUACGACAACGCCCCCUACUCGAAAACGCCGGUCAAAUGGAACCUGCCUAAACUAUGGGGCAUGUCCAUUUUGUUGGGGAUCGUCCUGGCGGCAGGCACGUGGAUUGCUCUAACGACGAUGAUUGUUGGAGGCCACGAUGGAGGCAUCGUCCAGAAUUUUGGACACACGGAUGCCGUCUUGUUCCUUCAGAUCUGCCUCUCGGAAAACUGGCUGAUUUUCAUCACCCGUGCUAAUGGCCCUUUCUGGUCCAGCAUUCCCUCCUGGCAGCUGGUAGGAGCGAUCUUACUCGUGGAUAUUCUCGCCACAUUCUUUUGUCUCUUCGGCUGGUUUGUUGGCGGCGAGCAGACCAGCAUCGUCGGGGUGGUACGGAUUUGGCUAUAUUCGUUCGGGGUUUUUUGCGUCAUGGCAGGCGUAUAUUACCUGUUGCAAGACAGUGUCACGUUUGAUGAUAUUGUUCAUGGGAGGAAGACCAGGAGCAGUAAGGUGCUCAAGAAGAGGGACAUGGAGGAUUUCCUUGUCUCGUUGAAUCGCGUGUCCACCCAGCACGAGAAGGUGGCGUAA